UUUUUUUUUUUACUUUUUUCUCUUCCAACCAUCAGUUAUCUUAUAUGUGUAUGAAUAGAACGAUGUAGAUAAUAUUAUGUAAAUACAUAUAAUCUCUGUCUGCCCUGCCUCUAGUGUUUCUGCUACUUUGCUGCUGUUGUUGUUGAUUUGUAUGUCCAUACUCAGUGACUUCUAUCCCUACUCCUAAAUAUUCCUACGGCAAGAAAAUUGAAGGGAGGAUGGAGAGAGAGGAGGCGGUCUCCUUCUUUAACUCCCGCCAACUCCCGCUGCCCAGAUCAUGCGCGUCUUAUUUCGCUUGGCUUGUUUUCGCGAUACCCCUGUCAUCUGAGAGGCGGGCAAAAGCGUAGCUGAAACACGCUGAAAGGUAUUAUUUCUUUUGCUAAAUUUCAGAUUACAAAACUUGGAGAAGUAGUGUUAACCGUGUCAGCCAGUGACAGAGACACGGAUAAUCACUUUGGUGUCGUGUCUUAUGGGAUUGCUGGAGGAAAUACGGUAAGUUAAGAGACAAAUAAAUCCUAAAGUAGCGAGCAGCCUGUGGUAUUCGGUAGGAAGCAGGGAGAGGGAAAUACUAGCUUAACUGCCGACUAUCAUGGAUUUCCUGGAAAAUAUUAAAAAAUAGGCUGCAGUUUACUGUUAAAGUUUCAGUUUCAGGCAGGUUGCUAAUUAAACCGGGAUGGGUUGUAGCUCUUAGAGAGCAUCAGUUCUACAGCGCGAUGUGAAUUGUUUUUGGGGAGCAAGUCAUUUGAAAUGUUUCCCCGGCUUCCACUCGCAGGCAACUUGGUAAUAUGAACAGAGUUGCCUCUAAUAGCAAUCAGUUCUUUUUUUGAAAAUUUCUUUUUCUGAACAUCCGCACAGUCCUUUUACAUUGAUCUCUCUAAUUACAGCCUGUUCCAGGUUCCAGAAAGUAAUGUGCAGGGAUCGUGAAAAACUGAUGCCAAAAACGGGCGGAGACUGGGCGUCUUAUUUUCGCAACGUCUCUACUCACCGCAGAGUUUGUUGCAUGCUAUUUAAUCAGUGCGUCGUUCUCCUGAUGUUUAUUCUGAAAGUCUUACAUUACGUUUCUAUCUUACAGGGCGAGGCGUUUGAAAUCGACCCUACAAACGGACAGAUAUCUUUAAAAAAGCAGCUAGAUUUUGAAAGCUCAAAUAAAAUUUACUAUCUGAACGUAACAGCAACGGUAAGUUGAACUGAAACAUUCUAAUAUACUAAACAUGGCCAUUCGUAUAAUACGCGAAACUCUUAUGGAUAAUUCGAUUAACUUUCUGUCGUACUCGAAUCAAACAAUUUCCCCCCUUUCAUCUUUUAUCAAGGACCUUUUAAAUAUUAUAACACCUUAAACACCCACAUCGUCAACUCCUUUCCUUUCUCCUUUAAAAAAGCACUUAGGCAUUUAUUUGUAAUAAUAAUUAUUACAUUUUGAAUAAAAUGUUGGAAAAAGUGUUUAAUAUUCAACAUUUGUAGUUUUCUUUUGAUAAUAACUGCGUCCGUAACCGUAAUUUUUAUUUCAUUUUUGAAAAAUUGAAAUUGAGGAGGCCUAAUCAACAUAAACUUUAUAGUUUCCUUUAGGCCUCCUCAGCAUUAAUUUCUACGUUUUUGUAUCUUUUUUGUAAUUGUAAUCAAGUAAUUUAUCUGUAUGGGAAAAUAAAUGCAAAAAUACAGAAUACUGUAAAAAAAAAAAACUGACCGGCGCGCACACUUUUCGCAAGAUCAGGGAGUGACUAAAACUAAUAAACUAAAUCAUUAAAAAUGUUAGCCUUCCUCAAAUUUGGUCCCCCCCAAAAAAAUGGCCUUCCCUUAAAUUUACCAGCACUUCCGCAAGUAACUAAUGACCAAUCGCUAAUCGACGAGAAAGGUGUCAGUGAGACUCUGGCCAAUGACGUAUAGUUAUUUUCUUACUUUGCAGUGCUCGCAAGCUAAGUGUGACAUUUGAUUCAAACAAAUGAUAAUAGUGUGAAUAACUGUGACGAAUAUGAAAUUGAACUUUAGACCAAUCUUAAAAAAGAUAAAGUUUAUAAUUAGCUAAUUAAUUAAUGUAUUACUGAAACUAAAGUAUUAUUCCUUCAGAAUUGUUAUCUCCUGGACAAUAGGUCUUGCUAUUACAUUUGUAGGAUACAUAUGGAGACGGCAAUCAAAACUGGACGAUAGUAACCAUUACGGUUACUGAUGGAGAUGACUUGCCAGCAAGAUUUUCAAAGUAUUUAUAUGAAGUUUUAGCGGACGUCAACACGCCUGAGGUAGGGGCUUCAGAAUCAAUGCAACUUUAAAGUUUAGUUGUUAAAAAAAGUUAAGUUUAUGCACUUCUUGAUUUCAAUUCAGUCCACGGAACAUGGUUAGAAAACUUAGAAAAAGAGGUAGACAUAAAAAAGCAUGAUUUUUAAAGUUUUAUUGUGGGUUUCUGAUAGAAAUGAACAGAAUUUUAAGGCUAAAACUCAGUACCAUGAUUGUCUGUGACAAAUUAGAUCAUACAGUCGAAUCUCGCCUUACUGACACCCGCUCACCCCUUAUUACGGACAGUUUUCCUUAUCCCUAACGCUAACAUUUGCUAGAAAUUCAAACCGCUUCAUACGGACACUUCCUAUGGCCUCCUUAGUGUCCUUAAUAAGGUGUUUCGAACGGAUAUCGUUUUUCGGGAACCAUACCGAUGUUUUUCAAUCGCCUUGAAAGUGAUUUUGUCCUUAUCCGAUCGCUUCAAACUUUUCACGAGUGAUUGACUAUGAAUUGAAGUUUUUCAAAAUGCUGAGCAGGUUUUAGUAAAAUCGGUAUGACUAUGAUAACCAAAAAACAAAAAACUUUGAAAUCGAUGAAAUCAGGAUUUUGCGCGAUCGGGACCUGCUACUGAAAAUCCGACACCAGGAACUUACAGUGUGAUGUUUAGCAAAUACCCUCCGUGAGAAGUAAAAAAAUUCUGUAUCUCUGAAACGGUCGACAGAAUUCUUUUUAAACUUCAUCACAUAAUCUUCAUGAUGAACAUAAUAAUAUCUGAAACUUUCUUUAAGAUUGAUUUACUAUAACACCUUGAAAUUUCAAGACAAACCUAGCCUUCGAACCGGCCAAAAAUCCGCGUUACAAUAUUCACUGUUUUGACGUUAUGCUAAUUUUUCCAAAUCAAUGCCCAGCAUACAUACAUCCAUAGCUAGUACAUUUCAAUGUGAAUGUUGUCAAUGUUUUACAUUCAAAUUAUGCAAUAAAAUUCAUUUGUCUCGGUUUCAAAUUUUUUGUUUAUUGUUGUCAUGGUGAUAUUGAUUUUACUAAAAACUGCAUUUUGACAAACUUUAAUUCAUAGUCAAUCACUGGUGAAAUUUUUGUAGCCAUCGGACAAGGAUAAUAUCACUUUUGAAGUGAUUGAAAAACAUCGGUAUGGUCUCCCAAAAACUGUAUCGAAACACUUGUUAUCCUUGACUUGGUGGUGAAUCUCCUGAAACAGGGGAAAUAUAAUGGCAUUAUACUUAAUUUUCUUGAUAUCUAUUAUUUCCCAAGGGGCUUGAAGUAGUCAAAGUGCAUGCUGAGGAUCUAGACACAGAGAAGGCGCCUGUCUCUUACGAAAUCUACCCAGGUUGGUCCGUAUGAUUUUUGUGUUGUUCGCAAGUUUGCAAUAAAAUCUGAAGAAUAAAAGUGCGGGUCCUAGCUAAACUAGUACAUUUUUUUUAACUGAUAGUUUGUCAUGUUAAUUGUAAAACUACUGAAACCUCGAUUUUGAAUCUAAACAAUACCAACUUCCCAGGCCUGUUAAUUAUAGGGACAUUUGAGAGACUUGCCCCAGGUAAUAAGACCCCCUAUGCCCUGCCCCUAGCAUUGGAGCUACCAUCCAUGCGCCGAUAGGAACAGCGCCUAGGUCUUUACGAAAUCACGAUCUUCCUUCCAGUUUAUGUUACAAUCGCUGGUUAUUUAUUUGAAGAAACUUUUUUCCUGUGUUAUCUUGCAGCAAGUGAUCCCGAACAGUCGUUCUUAAUCAAUAAUUUGACAGGAAUAAUUACAGUGAAUAAAAACCUCACGCGAACCUCUUAUCGCCUGAUUGUAACUGUAAGUAAGAAUAAUUGGAAUAAUAAGCUUUCAUAAAUUAAUCGAUUAAUUAAUCAAUCAAUUAAUUAAUUCAUCUAAAGGAAAACAUUUAGAAUCAUGUUUGUGACAAACAGCAAACGUCAAUUUGUAGCACCUUACCGAACCGACUUUAUGUUCAUUAUAUCUACACAAAUAAUUUCUCGCCGAUUUUUCUGACAGUUUUUAUCCCUUCGUUCCGUAAUUUUAGGAACUAUAAACCUGAAGCUGACGUUUACUGUCUGAAAGUCACUCUAAAUCUCUGUCAUGAAAAAAUCCGAGUUUUCCAUGGCAUAGCUUGCUUGGUUUGUCAAUUUUUAGAGUGCAUCAUUUGUUUUUUAAAGCUUGUAAUAUGGUUAAACUUUCAAUUCUUAUCUUUAAGGCCAGGAAAAAAUAUUUAGGGACUAGAUAAAUGCUUCCCACUCACUUACUUAAAGAUCUUAAUCCGUCACCGUUGAGAAUUAACUUGUUUUUAUUUUGCGUCUCGUAGGCCAAAACAACGACUCAUUCUCCUGCAUUUGCGCUGGUCGUAAUCCAUGCAGGCGCGAUGCCUAACCGAACAUUUGAAGUCUCGGUCCAGGAGAACAAAGCAAACACUGUAAUCUAUGACUUAGAGGUAUGGUUUCUUCUUGAGCACCAAACUGAACUUUGAAAAUGUGUAUUUCAUUCCUCGACCCAAUCAGUUACUCGACUAUUUUCUUAUUAUAUUGCAGUCUGUGGAGCAAUACUUUAACGUGUCAGAUCCAGUGUUCGAGAUUGUUCAAGGUGAUGAGAUAAAUAAGUUCAGCAUAAACCAGACAUCAAAGGAACUCAGAGUUGGAUCUCAGGCAUUGGAUAGAGAACAGCGCGCUCAGCAUAUUGUGAUUAUCGAGCUUCUUAGUAAUGGAAUUAACAGAGGAUUUGCAAGGGUAUGUUUCAUCAACUUCAUUUUCAACUUCUCCUAAAAUGAUCUCCAUGUGGUCGCGCGUUUUUCAACUUAAUUGAACAAAAUGUUUCAAAGGAAAGGGUCUGCAUAUUUUCAAGCGUGAUCCUUACCUGGGGCCGGGAAACUAACAUUUCCUCAUUUAACGAGAUCAUUAACAUCUCUUUAAUGAGAGCUUUAUGACACGCUUUUCUGCUCAGGGCUGUGGCUGCUGCUAGAGUCGGAGCGCCGAUGGAGCGCUAGCUCGCGCUUCAGUUUGCAGAAGAUCCGUACCACAGGCUUCUUGUUGCAGCCGCUUCCUAGUGAAAGCCUGAGCUUUCGCCGAGGCUACAGUUUCCGCCGAGGCAUUUAUAAUCCUGAUCAUCAUCAUCAUCAUCUCUAUUCAGUCAUUAUCAUUAUUAUUAUUAUUAUUAUUAUUAUUAUUAUUACUAUUUUUAUUAUUAUCAUUAUCCUUAUUUUUUUAUUAUCUAUUGAGCGUUUUAAUAGCGUCAGAACAUUUAAAAAGAAAAAAAAAACGCUUUAAAAAAAACGUUUAUAAAUUUCGAGACGUUCAAUAGUGCUUCGAUCCCUACAUAAGAAAUCAAAAAGUAAUUUUGCCGACUUUUUAAAGAUAAGAAUUGGCUGAUUUUCUCCGUUUUACUCUUUUGGUCAUUCGCUUCGUUUUUUUGUUAAUUUCUUAGAUUGUCGUCAGCGUGUUGGACACAAACGAUAACACGCCCGAGUUCCACGGCCAAGCUUCUGUGAACGUGAGAGAAGAUACCUCAGCGGGGACCGAUAUUCUUACGUUAACAGCAACUGACCGUGAUGCUGGGCUGAAUGGAACAGUUUUGUACGAGAUAAUAAGCGGAAAUGAACAAGGUAAAAGAAAAUACAACUCCCUCUUUACUUGUAAGAUUUUGGAAAUUGUUGGCACCCGCUAGCACUCAGUGUCCACCUUAAAGUAGUUUGCUCGACAUUGCUAUUUUGAAGUUGUUUGUAAGACUGGGUCAGAUUUAAGUCCUGUUGCGCUAUGGGAAUGUUUUAAGCCAGUACCUGCAAAACUUUGUGACAAACUUAAAGCCAUGGGCACACGAACACCAAGCCUGGCCUGUACCUCACGCAUGCGCACAGCCAUAUCAGCGCAGUGUUCCCAAGACAGUCCCAUGGGGUUCCAUCGUGGAAUUCCACCCAACGCCGUACAGUCUCCUCACUUGAAACCUCCGAAAUUAUCAAAAUAAAGAGUCAAAGAAAAUGAUUGAAGAACGGUAGGAAAUAGGUACCCUGCGUGAUAGGUUUUUUCUAAGCACCCGUGCAACUUCUGACCGGGCUAGUGUUCUUGAUUACCUACGCAAAAAUACUUGCUGUUUGACAGCCUAGAGGACAACCCUAGAUGUCCACUUUGUUAAGAGGGAGACGUUUUGUAAUCACUUGCUAGAGCUAUUUUAAAAGAUUUCCAACUUAUAGAUUCUUAAGAUCUCUCUUUAUAUUGUCGGUCUAUAAGCUCCGACAGAACACUUUUAAGCCGUUAGAGUUCAAUUGUUUUACUAAGAACGAGCUUCUAAAUCGGCCUCAAAAAUGUUCAUUAGAUCUGUUCGUUCUUUACAUAUUCUUUUUAUGAUUUUUUUGCCCGAGAAAAUGAAAAGUAAUUUUUCAGCCAUGUUUUGUAAAAUUAUAGAUCCUCAUUAUUUAACCAUUUCCUUCCUUUGCACUAUUCUUAUAAAUUACUUAUGAACGUUGAAGCCUAAACAAUGCGAUAUAAUGUAAGUCGACUUCUAUAAGUAAUGAAGACCACUUCAAUUUGAAUCAACUAAACAGAACCUGACCUGACGAAGGGUCUUGUCCAAGUAGAAACAGUGUGUCACUAUGUACUCGGCCGUAGUAAAAUGUCCUCAAGAAUGAAGUCGAUGCCUUUUCAUUCUUCAUUUCAGUUUUUACUGCUGUAUUUGUCCACUAGGUUUCUUUGUUCUCAAUAACAAGUCAGGAAUAUUAGCACUGUCCAGACAGCUUGAUUUUGAGACCGCUGUCCAGUAUGUACUCAACAUAUCAGCUUCAGAUCUAGGGGAGCCUCCUAGUCAAACCUUCACUAACAUCACUGUUCAUGUGAUCGAUGUUAAUGAUAACUCUCCGAUGUUUCAGCCGAGGAGUUUGCGUGUUUCUCUUGUAGAGGUGAGAUCUUUUAUUUGACUACCAUUGAUAAUCGUUGUUGGUUUUGUAUUUUUGGCGUAUGUAAAAUUGGCUAAAUGUAAGAUAUAUAAACUAAAACCUCUUAAGCUGCAAUAAAUUUUUUCCACUGUUUAAAACGUUUGAUUAAGUUCUUGAUCGAACCCAUCCAUAUGAAUAGUAUGUUAAUUGAUUUAUCGUUGUGUCUACCAAGGAUGAUACAACUUUUCGACUUUUUGAAUCAGAGCCAUCUUAAUUCCACUACCACCAGAGUGAGUUAUAGAGCAAUCUUACGUAGAGUUGCCUCUUUGGUGAACUCCGUUACCGGGAAAUGAACAGUCCAAAGACUAUUGCAAGCCUGAUGACAAUGUGUAUUUAUAGCUUUUUUAAACAUUAUCUUGGCUGAAAAACACACGUUAUCAGCAGCUUUGCAGUAGUCUUUGGACUUCUCGUCGUUUUUUCAAUUUGUUUAGCUGAUUAGAUCUCUUUUUAUGAGAUCACACGAUGACGACCAGCAGAAUUUUCGUCCACGGUUUUCUUUUGUCCGGAAAAUUCGCCCGCUUCUCUCCACCCUCACCUCGGGCAGGAACAAAGACCACCAAACUUGAGAGAGCGGAGAAAAUUGAACGUAACUUCUCAAUUUGUUGUAGAGAUCUCUUAGGUUGACUAUUCAAAUAAACCUUUUUGAGUAUGUAGCUUCUUUUUUCACACUUUCACGUGGUACUAUUUGUCCUUCACGAUUUUACGAAAUUAAAUUUGCCGGGAAUGUUUUCUUUGAUCACUGUUGGGGCGCCUAAGGAGUAAAUAACAAUUCAUUGAGGUUUCCUCCCUUUUAUUAUUUCAGGAUACUUCACUUGGUUCGUUUGUCGCUCAGUGUAAUGCUACAGAUUCCGAUGCAACCUCAAAUGCGCAAAUAACUUAUCACAUUGUAGAGGGCGAGACCAACAAAUUUUCCAUCGAUAAUACUACAGGCGUCAUAACCACAAGUGGAGAGUUUGACAGAGACACCGGAGUAAAGGAGUAUAUGGUAAGCAGUAUUUUUCCACUCAAAGCAAAGGAAAGUGUUGCCUCGACUUUGUAAUAAUCAAGACAUGAAUUUAAAUUGACGUGCGUGAUCUAAGAAAGAAAAUGUGUCAUCAAGAAUUCUUUGCAAUUGUACAGGAAGACAAUUCUUAUGGUAAAAAAAAAUAACCCGCAGAUGAACCGGCAGUCAGGUUCGACUCAGUUAUGUUCAAACCAGCACGAGCAAACUAUGCUUUUGUUUGUUGAUUUGGUUCAAAAAGUCGUAGCCGGGGAUUGGAUUUAUAUACAGGCUCUAUUUUUCCUUUGAUGUCUGUUUUAUGAACAUUCCAUGCCAGUAACAGUUUUUUUUUUCUUCUUUUUUUGCUGUGUUUUAGCUCGUUAUCAAGGCGCAGGAUGGAGGACAACAUCCCCGUACUGAUAUUGGUUUUGUUAUUGUGAGCAUUACCGAUAAAAACGAGCACUCUCCAGUGAUAUUACCUUUAUCCUACAUAGGAGGUAGGAGAUUCCUAAUAUACGAAAACAACAAGAAUAAAAUCAGUAUUUUACAGUGGUAGUGACAGUGAUGUUAACACAAAUCACCUCCUAGUGAAGAAACCAGCAUGAAACAUCCAUCGGUAAAACCAGUGAUAACAAUUGAUAGUGUGGCAUCAUCCUUAUGAUUAUCAUCAUCAACAUCAUCAUCGUUUGUUUGAUAAAGCAAGUUAUAAAAGGGCGAGCUGAUGUGGAUCUGCUCAAGCAAUACAGACAAAUAUACACACACACACACAGGAAUGAUAGACCAAGCCGCUAGCUUCUACCUCCCCUAAUCUUUGCGAACAGCGCGUGUGUGAGUUCUUUUACAUCCCAAAGAUUUUUUGCAAGAGCAAGGGCUCUGAGUCACGUGGCCUACGGUUUAUCCGAGAAGGCAAGAAAGUCUUUCUACCAUUACCCUGGCUGCACUAUCUCCUCAGCGUUGUCUGUGAUUAUUGCUCUGACCAGGGUUUGAAACCGUGGCAAAGUAUAUAUUAAAUCAGACAACAGCUCAAUUAUUGCUUGAAACCGGCUGGUGGAAACAGAUUAAGGAGGCAGAUUAUCUCGUGGGUGACCAUGAUGCAUUAUUGCCUGCUAUGUUUAUUUAUUUAUUCGUGUUAUCUCUAAAAUUUUAAUUCCAGGUGUUUACAAAGAAACGACGUACUAUUCGCUUGUGGCGACUGUCAAGGUAACCUUUCACAGUUUUAACGCUGAUUUUCAGAACAUCCUCGGUCUCAUACUCGUAGUAAAGUCAUUGAUGAUAGUUUCAACCUCCCACCACUGAAAGACAAAUAACUCAUACAUUCACCUUUGAUUCCAUGAACAAAACUUCCAAACCGCGAAGUUUUACCAAGCAACUGCUCCCUUCUUUGGCUUUUUUAUUAUUAAUUAUAGAAAAUAAAAUUUUAACUUUCUUCUUUCUCCCGGACCCUUUCCUUUAUUCGUAAUAAAAUAACUCAUUCAUCUGUUUCUUCAGGCAUCUGAUGUAGAUUCUGAUUUCAACUCUAACAUUUCCUAUCAAGUUGUCAGUGGGGUUGGCAUAGAGCUUUUUCACGUGGAACCAAAUACCGGUCACGUGAGAGUUACCUCCUCAUUAGCUGAUAAAGAAGGGUCAAAGUUCACAUUACAAGUUAGCGCAUCGGAUGGGGAAAAAUUAACGACAGAUAACGCUGUAGUGGACGUAAGUUCUUCAACAUUCCUUCCCAGGGUUCUCCUUCUCCUGUCCCUCCUCACCAUUCCCUCGCUUCGGUGGACGAGUAGAGGAGAGAGCCUUGGGAACGAGAUUGAACUGUCAUGUGUAUUUAAAAGUUGUAUGUUCGAUCCGUUGUUGUAAAUAUGUAUUGUUUGGUAACUUCAUUUUAUAACAUGAUAAAUAAAUAACAAAUGCCUGUCCCUCCUCAAGAAAGUAAUUUUCAGCGCAGACACUUUCUCAUGAUACACAACUGGAAGUCCUAAAUGAUGUCACAGUGGAACCCCGCCUUACGAUCACCCCGUUAAAUUGACCAUCUAGUUAUUACGACCAGAUUUUAUUAUGGCCCAACGGGGUCCAUUAACGGGGUUCCACAGUGUAUUGCUUUUCUGAUCUCCGGUUUUUUCAAACCAAAGGUAGGCUAACUGUUAUUUGCCGGGUUUUUAUGCUACUUUCCUAUAGAUAUUUGUUCUCCGAGAUCAGGAUGCUGUCAUUUUGAAGGCUGGUGUAACUGUGCAAGCGAUAACCAACAAAAGAAUAGAAUUUCUGUGGUAAGAGAAAUUAGAAAAUCAAAGCACUAUAAAGUGUUUAUUAGUGGUUUUCUAGGUAGUAUUCAAGGGUCCAUUUGAGAGGCCAGCACCUAGUAGGAAGAUGGCUCAAACGUUGACAAUUUGGCUAAUACCAAGCAAAAUUAAUGACGUUUCGAGUGAGCGAGGUGUCCGUGAAAUUCUUUUAUUUAUUUUAUAGGAUAACGGUUUUUUUUUGCUAUUAAUGUUUUAAAUAAGAUAAUGUCAGAGUCUUGCUACUGAUUUUCAUCCACGUACCAUUCAGUUUGGCACUUUUCUGUGAAAAUAAGCAUCCAAGAUGAUGGAUCGAAAAAUGACUGCAAAGUUUCAUUUGCGCAGCUUCAGUAUUCAAGUAAUUAUUUACAAGCGAAGAAACCUGAGUCUUAAUAGGGUAGAAUAUGAGAGAGUGAGUAGAGCAAAAGGAUUUAAGAACUGCAUUUUGUUGUAUAUCUCCAAAGAGACUGUUCUUUUCUUCUGUCUACGAACUCUAGUUCCAUAUUUUGUCGGAUUUGGCCUUUUCACAAGAAUCAUACCCUUUCAAGUUUUACUCGGUUUAUUAAGGUCUAGCAGUGACGCCAUUUAUAUACGCAUUUCGUUUACUUCCAUUUGUUACUUGACUGGUAGGAUGCUUGAAGCUAUAACUGGAGGAAAGCCAUUUAUUAAGUAUUUACAGCAAGAAAAUGGAAACAAUGUGUGAGUAUUUACUACAAAUAAGAUCUUGAGUCUCUUUAAGGUACUGAUAUAUUAAAUAUAUUGAUCACCCAGAAAUUUCUCUGUGACUUUUGGAACAACUCUGUUCACAAGCAGUUAAACUUGAUCUAGCAAUUAAGAAAAGUUUGCACGACUUGUCUAGCUACGAUGUGAUCCACUGUUAAGAGCUAGAAAAACCCGAUAAAUAAUACAAAGAAAUAACGAAGAUAAUUCGGCUCUUUCCAGAACAUAAUCUAACCUCAAACGCCAACUUGCAUUGCAUCGCGAGUUACAGGUUGCAAGUUAUAAAACACAUAGAUAAUUCUUAUGUUUCAAAUGGCACUACAUGCAUUGCAGCAUCAUCAUGCAUGAAAAAUUUCAAGACAAAGUGCGAGUUACAAGUUGCAAGUUACAAUUUACACGUUUCAAGUGGCCUGUAUAAUCGGCUUAGGUUGAAGGUCCUGCAGGUCUUUCGCCUUGCUCUUAUCAUGACACGAGUUUUUUACUACUUUUUUGAACUGUUCUAGAACAUUGGUGACCUUCCACGUGGUCAGUGGUAACCGAGCGAUGACAGGCGAUGAAGUCAUAAGGUAGUAUGCAAACUCCUGCGGGUGCACGUAAUGUAAUUAUCCUAUAUAGACUCUAUAUAAAUUAUGAAUCAAAAAACUUGGCUCCUAUUUUCAACCAAUUUGGGCCGUGUGGAAAGAUUUUGUCAGGAUAGCUUGGGAAAAUUCCCGGACUAAAAGUAUAGGAAUUAACAAGUUUGGGGGACACGUUGCUAACCAAACAGAGGAAAGAAGGAGUAAAAGGAGAGCAGGCCUCCUGACUUUCAGUUCAGUUUCAGAUUGUCCUCUGGCCUGUCCAAACUGUGAAAGAGUCUCUUAUUCCUAUCUUGGUUUUCACAGCGACAGAAAACACUGUUCUUAAAUAUGAACCUCAUCGGCACUACUCCACGGAUCUCCGGGAUCGAUGGAUGCUUACCAAGGGAUUAUGCUGAUUACUAUGGCUUUUCGCUUAAGGCUGGGCUUCGAUUAUAACCGUUUAUUUGUGUUGUUUCGUUGGAAAAGUAAAUUUUCUCUCAGUGAUUCUCUCCACUUAGUCGUGUAAAUGGAUACUGCUUACUAUCCUCGCGUAAACGGCCUAGAAUGGAUAACUUUCAUCCCAGUGGAGUUUAGCACUUCUCCUAUUUCUAAGUGCUAGACUGAAACGAAGGCUCCCUCUGCGUUGGAAUGUUUGGCUUCCAGGUUUCCAGUGUGCCUUUAAUGAAAUUGCCGGUAUAUUUUGAUGAGUGCAAUCGUCUCCCAGUUGAAAUAAAUUGAUUCUAAAUCAUUUCCCUCAUAUUUCUUCAGAUCCUUUUCAGACAAUAAGGAAAUUUUGGACACUACCUAUAAACAGUGGAAUAUCCAAGGUUACCAGUCCCCCGAGCCUUCUGCUAUUGAGGCUCGCACAGAAAAUGAGGAUGGGCUGUCAGCGGUGGCUGGAGCAUUGAUAUGCCUGGGUGUUAUUAUUGGCGUUGGGGCAAUAAUCAUGCUCAUUGUGCUAAUGCGGUUAGUGAAUAUUUGUGUUAUGGAAUGUUCCCAUAUAUUAGUAGUCCAAUGUAACACAAAUUCAGAGGCUAUACUUCAGCAGUGUAUGUAUGCAUGUGGCGGAUCCAGGCCUUCACAUAAGGAGGGGGGGGUGGGGGGUCAUCCAUACCCCGAGAAAAGUCGGGGGGAAGGGGGGUCUCAAAAAAAAAAAAUUUUUGGCCCUUCGGGCCUCAGUUUGGUCCUAAAAUAAGGUUAAUGCAAUUUUUCGAAAAUGGAAUUGAUAUAUUGGACACUUUAAAAGCAGGUAAGGUCGAGAUUGUUGGGAAUUGAACUACUAAAUUGUUUUAGGAACCUCUUUUAUGCUUACUUUUAGUUCCUUGACCGAUUUUUAAGAGGCAAUAAACGGGAACUUUUUUCUAAAUAGGCUUCCGUCAAUCGUCUCACCCACAUUGAUACGUUCUUGGCGCAUUUGCACAACAAUUCACUACAUGUCCAGAACUAUCACACCGCUGACAAAUAAUUCCCUGUUGCUAUUUUGCAGGAGAAAGAAAAGAGGCCAAAGUCCUUUUAAGAAAAAGAGGCAUCCCCGAGUGACGUUUAACGACAGCCCAUUUUAGUAAGUUCAUAAAUCUACGUCCGUGCGCUUAAUGUUAACUUGGGUAGGAAGGAAAGGGUCAUGGGAUCUCCAAUGAAUGAACUGAAAUGUGGUACCUAUAGUAUGUCCAGUCAAUGACUCACCUCCCAAGGGAAUAUCCAGCCUAAAGGGUGCCUUAUUUAUUGUUCAUCUGUGUUUGCUUUUUUAUAAGGUAGUAAAUUAACGUCACGUGGCAACACCCACGGAGAUAAUGUUUGGCGUUGUUUUUCUUUUGUUUAUGGAAAAGGUAGGACUAGGUAAUAGUAAUUCGGACACAAAGUACACCGUACGCAGUUAAGUUGGCAAUCGUGUUUUUCCCCUCUCUAUGGAUGUAAUGAUAAUUUAAGUAAUGUCCAAUACCUCACAGAGUUAAAAAGUCGGAUCUGCGUUCAAUUAGAGACCUCCUGGCCAUGACAGAUGACAGCUUCGAACAGCUGUCAGGUCAUGUUCAUGAAUUAGCCAUCAUACUAGAACACCGCGCAUGCUUGAGGUACUGGCCCGCCAUGCUGCCCAGAUGUGUACAUUGCGCAUGCUUGAGGCGUUGGCCCGCCAUGUUGCCUAGAUGUGUACACUGCGCAUGCUUGAGAUACUAGCCCGCCAUGCUGCCGAGAUGUGUAGUCAAAUUUUCCAUUAUUACGAUAUACAAAAAUGUGUUCUCCCACCUUCGGUAUUCUUGUUUGAUGCUCACUAAAAAAGCUCGUCCUUGUCUAACCUAAAAUCUCUGAUGUGUUUCUUGUCUUUAGCAUCGACCCUGAUCAUAGUGCCAUGGCAACAAACCAAGUGGAAAGAGCUCAGGUAACAUACAUACUCAGUUCAAACAUAACAAUUACCAAUUCUGAUUUUCACGUUCUUUUUUUUGUUUUAGGAAGCACAAGAGGUGAUAGUUCACAUACCUGCUGAGGACGGCAGCUCACUUGAGGGAAGUGACACAAGCUCUCAAAAGGACAUCAAGGAUUUUGUGAAUUUUGGAUACGCCGCGAGAAUGGCGGCGAUGAAGGAGCAAGACCCAGAUGAAUAUGAUGAUAUAGACCAGAACAUGUUCUUUCCACCUCCACCUACCGGACCACCUCCAGCACCGCCCGAUUCAGACUCCGAUGAAGGAAACACCGACUAUGAGAUCGCAGACGCCUCCGUGAUUUACGGAGAUGGGUUCGUCAAACAUAAGGAUAAUACGGAGGUAUAUCGGUCUGACGACGAAGGUGACAUUGAUGGGAUUGUAUUAAGCCAGUCACCUACGAACUCCACCACGGGCAGCACAGAUCAACUUGUACGCAAUGGCGGUCCGAAAGUUGCGUUUCCUCCUGGCUCUUUUCUUAGGCGGUUUUCUAUGACUGAAGCUACAACUGAACUUUGAGCAGCUGGCUGCUACAAGUGGGUUCUUUGCGGGAGAGAAACUUUGGAGACACGGACACUUGUCAUGAGUGAUCCGUUAUUAGUCACUGCUUAGGGAACUUCAGCGAAACUUCGGUGCGCCGGGUUGAAAACUACCUGGGCUUGUGUGCAGGCACACAGAGAAUUUGUAGGAUAUUUGUGUAAAUAGAGCUAGUUAUGGAAGGUUGACAGUUUUCAAACGCGGUCCAUUCGCCAAUUAUAGCGCUUUUUUGUUAUUAAAAGAAUCAGCAACCUUGGGGCAUAAGCUUGAUGUUUAAUCUCCAAAUUUUUAGAAGGGCUUAAAAUUCCCCUUUUUAAAUUUUUCAUUACGUAGAUGUUUAUAAAACUUGGGUGCUUACCAUUCACCCAAACUAUUCCUGGCGCCUGGUGGAUAUCUGGUGCUUAAACAUAAAACCAGAAAAUUUGAUGCGGUAGGAGAACGACCCGUUACAGAGCAUAUCCAAAUGAGCUGAAGAGACUAGAAAGAGUGGAUGUGAUUGGAUUGCCUCAAAAGGCAGCCAUUGGAGCGAGGUUGGGUUUUUCCAUGCAAAUCAUGUUAAGUACGCCUUGUCAACCACGGCAUGCAUGCAAUGGUUUUUUAAACAUGGGUAGUGGACUACAGAUUUUGGGGUUUGCUCUCAUUGGCUGUUGAAGGAAAAAAUCACAUGUCUUGUGUUGGAAAAUUUUACACAGCAUCCUACUUCUAAAGGAAUAUGUGGUGUUUCGAAUCCCUCUUUAGAAAUCACGAGAUUCAAAGAGAGCAAUGAGCGGAAGUUGCAUGCCUUAUUCUUUUACAAGAAGUAUCGUUUCUGUGGAGUUACUCAAUUCCUAUAUUUUUUUAUGUGUAUCUGGAUGUCGAUUUUCCCAAAGAAACAAGACUCGCGUCAAUUUAUUUGCAGUAUCAUGACAUUCUAGCCUUCUUAGGGAUUUGAGCAAAGUAAAAUAAUGUGUCACAUAAGUACAGGCAUAUAUAAAGGACAAGUUUUUAUUUUUUAUCUAAAAUACUUAUCUGUAAUUUUUCUAGUAAAAAUAUUGUUAUUAAUAGAAACGUUAUUAGCUCGUGGUUUUUGGCAAUAACGUCCAUCUACUCUCUUCGACACCUUGAUUUGUAAAGUUUUUCUCAGGCUUAUCAGUCUGAGUGAUUUCUUAUUAAGCUCAGACGAUAUAUUUUUCUAAAAAAUCAAGAAAUAGAAUUUAUAUUUUUAGGAAUGUAAAUAUUAUUUUAGGUAGUUUUUAAUUAGAAAAAUUUAUGUUAUGGUAGAAGUUGACAUUGGAGGUCCAAAUUCACUUUAUUGUGUAUGAUCAACGUAAAUGUACAAGCAUUAUCAAUAAAUAAAGACAAUGAAUAUGC